AUGACCGAUCGGUUCCGGACAUACGACAGCGAAUGCCGCGUGAACGGCGUCGGAGACCGUCAUCACUGGCCGAUGGCUUUCGGGGCCCCGGGCCGGCCGAACAAAAAGUUGACGACGGUCCGGGGGCCCGUCACGGGAGGUGGCGAAGGACCGGAAGUCCGCCAACCGGACAACGGGAAGUUGUUGUCGUCGUCUUCAUCGUCGUCGUCUUCGUCGUCGUCGUCGUCACCGUCGUCAUCGCAGUCGUCCACUCGGUCGACGCGUUGCUACAACGGCACGUUCCGUCGUCCCGACCCCAACAACGUCGAAACCUGCGAGGCCAUCGAAUGGGAAGUCAUGUCCAAACACUUUGCCAGAUUGCCACCAUUUAUUAAAGAUAAAAAUGCGAAACAGUUCAACCGCGGAAAUCCACAAACGAACAUACCACAACAUCAUCAUUUACAAUAUUAUAGCGAUCUGCACAAAUUGCAUCAGGUGGCAUACGCCACCAGAAACCCCAUACCUAGAAAACCGGUGGCGGAGGCGGCGGCGGCGGAUCAUCAGCCGUGCUGCAAACCGUGGCAAUGGAGCCCUUACGGAGGACCAGCCGGAACGUUUAUGAACGCGUAUUACCUGUCUGAGCCACAAAGGUAUGACAAUCACGCUAAGAACGUUGUCCUGGAAGACUCGCUAAUACAAGUGGACGAGGCAGACAAACUGUCGUCCGAAGUGUGGCACGCGUACUUGGACAACCGUCAGUCCGAGGGCGUUUACGAAACGAAGAUGGCCAUGUGGCGCAGGCUGUCGACGCUGAUCAAGAGCUGGGCGCCAGGCUGCGGCCUGUACCUGGUCGGGUCCACGAUGAACGGUUUCGGCGGCGACGUGAGCGACGCGGAUUUCUGUCUGCUCACCGGCUGCACGGCGGCCGCGGUGGUCAACACCGGCGUCCGGCAGCACAAGACCGUGACCGAGGAGCGGCACCGGAUAUGCGCCGUCGAGCGGCUCCAGUGGCUGAUGGGAUUGCUGGACCACGAGCGGAUCAACGGAAAGGUCGGCACCGCGGAAAUGCGCAUCGUGUACGCAAAGGUGCCCAUACUCAGGUUCCGGUGGAUCGGCGACGGUGGCUGCAAGAUGGACGUGGACUUUUGCUGCAACAACGUGGUGGGCAUUCGCAACACCCAUCUGUUGUACUGCUAUUCGAGGCUCGAUUAUCGGGUCAGACCAUUAGUAGUGACCAUUAAACUGUGGGCGUCCCAUCACAACAUCAACGAUCCGAAAAAAAUGACGUUAUCCAGUUACUCGCUGGUGCUGAUGGUUAUCAAUUUCUUGCAAAGCGUCGAACCGCCCGUGUUACCGUCGCUGCAGUGCAUCUAUGGCAUGAAGUUCUCUUCCUACACUGACAUCGAAUUCGUGCACAUGCACGAACAGUUGCCUAGCAGUGGUUGGAGAAGCGACAAUAAACAGAGCCUCGGCGAGUUGCUUUUGCAGUUUUUCGAAUACUACAACAAUUUCAAUUUUUAUAAACACGCGGUGUCUGUAAGAAUGGGAUCACCGAUACCCCUAGAAAGCUGUCGGAUGGCCGACGCGGCAAAAAACAAUCCCGGACAAUGGAAAUUCAUAGGGAUCGAAGAACCUUUCGAAAAAACGAACACAGCACGGUCUGUGAAUAACCAUAAUGUAUUUGCUCAAAUCAAAGAAGCCAUCACUAAUAGUUACAAUCAGUUAAAAGAAACGAUGUCAUUGGAUUCAAUAUUUUGUUAG